ACUAUUAAGAAGUGUUUAAAAAGAGAACAAAAGGCAAAAGAUCAAAACUCAAACGAAACACCAAAACCUGAAAUCAUUAAUUUUUGUUUUUUUCUCUCUCAAAUCUUCUUUGGGUUUCUCAUUUGUAAGUAAAACCUUUUACAAGAAACAUUCUUCACAUCUUCAGAUCCGAUCUUGAGCUUCUGCACCAGAAAGAAACAGGUUCUUUGUUCUGAAGGAAGACAGCUACACGCUUCUGGAGUGUCUUUCCUUGUGUUUAGUCCGGUCUUAUAAAUAACGGACAAUCUCUCAAAGGACCGGGAGAUUCGGGAUUGAUGGUAUUGAUCAGCCAAGCAUCUCUGAUUUUUCAAUGUCAUGAAGAAGAGAGAGUCUGCUAAGUUUAAAGACCUAUGGAGACCGGUACAAGUAUUGACAACAAUAGCUAUGAAGGAAUCAAGAACGGUUCAUGGUUUAUCCAGUUUCGUAAUGGCUGCAAUCCAUGGAUGGCUAGAUAUGUGUAUGGUCUGAUAUUCCUCUUGGCAAAUCUGUUGGCUUGGGCCUUGCGCGAUUAUGGCCGAGGUGCCUUGACCGAAAUGAGAAAAUUCAAGAAUUGUAAAGAUGGUGGAGAGUGUUUAGGGACUGAAGGAGUUUUACGAGUUAGCUUUGGAUGUUUUCUGUUCUAUUUCAUUAUGUUUCUUUCAACCGUUGGCACAUCGAAGCUGCAUUCAUCAAGAGAUAAAUGGCAUUCAGGAUGGUGGUUUGCUAAGCUUUUCAUGUGGCUUGGCUUAGUCAUUUUCCCUUUCUUGUUGCCUUCUUCUAUUAUUCAACUUUACGGAGAGAUUGCCCAUUUUGGUGCAGGGGUCUUUCUCCUAAUUCAGCUCAUUAGUAUCAUCAGUUUUAUUACAUGGCUUAAUGAAUGUUUCCAAGCCCAAAAAGAUGCAGAAAGAUGCCGUGUCCAUGUAAUGCUAUUAGCAACUACUGCGUACACAGUAUGCAUAUUAGGGGUGAUUUUGAUGUACAUAUGGUAUGUGCCUGACCCAUCAUGCCUUCUCAACAUAUUUUUCAUCACAUGGACUUUGUUCCUCAUCCAACUCAUGACAAGUAUCUCUCUCCACCCCAAAGUUAAUGCUGGAUUAUUGACUCCGGCGCUUAUGGGGCUUUAUGUUGUGUUCAUCUGCUGGUGCGCCAUUCGAAGUGAGCCAGUAGGAGAAAUUUGCAACAGAAAAGCGGAAGGUUCUAGCAAAACGGACUGGCUGACCAUCAUAAGCUUUGUUGUUGCACUGCUUGCGAUGGUAAUCGCGACAUUCUCCACGGGAGUAGAUUCCCAAUGUUUCCAGUUUAGAAAAGAAGAGAAUCAUGAGGAAGAUGCAAUUCCUUACGGAUACGGAUUCUUCCAUUUUGUGUUUGCUACUGGAGCGAUGUACUUUGCAAUGCUACUUGUUGGCUGGAACAUUCAUCAUUCCAUGAAAAAGUGGACAAUUGACGUGGGGUGGACAAGUACUUGGGUAAGGAUAGUAAACGAAUGGCUCGCGGUUGGCGUUUACAUUUGGAUGUUGGUGGCUCCAAUGGUACUGAAAAGCCGAGGAACUACAUGAGAGAUCACCAAAAAGAGCUUUUUGUCACCUCUCGUUUCAUCUCAGUAUUGUGGAUUUGGCUGAAAAGUAGAAUAGAAGAUUAAGAUUGGGGAACCUGUGUGAAAGCAUCAUAUAUUUUGCAUUGUAGAUUAUUUUAGGAUGAAAGAAAGGUUGAUAAAAAUAUACAAAUAUAGCUAUAGAUUUAGUAAUACUGUGAGUGUGUGACCCUAUAAUCAUGAACACGUGUACACAUACAUCUCUCUACAUUUAUACGUAACAUAGUUGUAAAACUAGCAAUUGGGUGCUAAAAAGCAACAAAACCCAAGUUUUAGUGUAAACUUGGAGCCAUAUCAAAGACUCCAAAGAAGAGGGUCUCUAACCUGAACAAUAAAGAGAAGAGACUCUUCACUA